GUAGGUCAGAUGACGGUUGACUGUAAGUUGCGAUCGCUAUCCCAUAUUGGCAUCUUUAAGGAUAGCGACACAGCCAUUUUGCCAGUACCCUACACUUCAUCUGACCCACUAAACGACAUAGUCAAGGACGUUCAACUAAUACCAUAAUGAAAUCAACGUUCGAGUGGUUGAAUUUUGCUUUUCUAGUUGUUCUAAUUAGUGCUGACACAACGAGUAUAAAAACACCGUCUGGACCAAUCAAAGGACUAAAAUUGAACUAUCACAAAACAGGAGAACCUUUAUAUGAAUUCAGGGGCAUACCCUUCGCCAAACCACCGAUUGGUUCGUUGAGAUUCAAAAAUACAGAACCACUUGAAAAACGAAAAGAAUUUCAUGACGGAACGAAAUUCGGAGCAAUCUGUAUGCAGCCGGGUAUCGAUUUUAUGCCUGAAAUAAGUAAACCAGACAUGUCUGAAGAUUGUUUGGUAUUGAAUGUCUACGUUCCAAGAAAUUUACACGAACGUUUGUCAGUAAUGGUAUGGAUACACGGUGGCGGAUUUAUGGUCGGUCAUGGACACCUCUACGAUGGCGGAAAACUUGCAAUGGAAGGUAAUGUGAUUGUUGUAACAAUAAACUAUAGACUUGGAGGAUUUGGCUUUUUUGCUGUGGGUGAUUCUUCGGCAAGAGGUAACUAUGGUUUGUGGGAUCAAAAGAUGGCACUUCAAUGGGUUCAUGAUAAUAUUGCAUCAUUUGGAGGUAAUCCCGAGUCUGUUACAGUGUUUGGUGAAUCCGCUGGGGGAUAUAGUGCAUCAUUCCAAUCACUUAUACCUUCAAAUAAAGGACUUUUUCAGCGAGUUAUUUCACAGAGUGGUGUUGUAUCUAGAACUGUUGUUGUGACAAACUCCUCUAUUGAAAAAUUUGCAGCAGAAAUAGCUGAAAAAUCUUCUUGUCCAUUCGAUGAAAAGCAAAUAUUCGUUGAUUGUUUACGACAGAAAACAGCUGAUGAAAUCCUUAAAUUGACCGAACCUUUUGCCUCAACAUCAGCGGACAAGCUCAUGUUUGAAUCCACUGGUAUGCCGGUCGUAGAUUAUGAAUUGUUUCUCGAACAUCCUAUUAAAAGUCUGGAAGACAAAUCAUCAGAUGUGUCCAAGUUUUUCCGUUCUCUAGAUUUCAUGGCGGGUGCUGUCUCUAACGAAGGAUCCUUACUAUAUAUGAUGAUACCACCAAGCUUCCAAGAACACUAUAAAUUUAAUGUUACUGAAGGUAUUCCAUAUAAAGCAGUUUGUAACGGAAUACUGUCACCCUUUGUUGAAUUGUGGUAUGCUAACAACUCAAACGUCAAGGACAUACUGUGUAGAUAUUACUCCGCAGAGUCUAUCGCAGAUCAAUCUUUAAAAGCAACCGAUUCCUGGGCUGACAUUACAUUUUACUAUCCUAUCAUGAAAAUGUUAGAACAUCACUCUGGAGGUAAUACAUACCAAUAUGUGGUAUCAAAAUUAAGUCCAAAACCCUUCGGCGGGCCGCCUCCGUCAUGGUUCAAAGGUGUCGGUCAUGGUGAUGAAGUGAUUUACCUUUUUAAUGUAUCUCAGUUUAUGUCACUGGAUGAAAAAGAGAUAAUGAAUGAUAGAGAUGAAGAAUUUGGAAAGAAAAUUAUAAGUUAUUGGACAUCUUUUGCUAAGACUGGCGUGCCGUAUGCUGGUGAUGGGUCAGUUCCAUGGAAACCAUUCGAUAUGGAAAACAAAAACUAUCUGGAUUUAGACGAUGAGAUAACACAAAAAAAUAACUACAAACCUGAAAUAUUGGAACUCUGGUCAAACCAACUACCAGCGUCCAAUCUUGAAUCAGCGAGUGCAGACGAAGGACACCGUGAUGAAUUGUGAAUGUUGUAGGUUCAAUAAUAUGAUAUAUUGCACUCAUUUUUGAAAGACAGUUCUUGAUACUAUAAUAUAUUACUUAAAAAGUUGCCAAAUCGUGAGGAAUUCUUGCAUUGUGUAUAAAGCCUCGGUCACACCUUACCGGGUAGCACGAACGGACGCCUAACGGAUGAAAAUAAAAGUUGUCCGUUGACAAAAUUGUUAUCCGUUGGGAGUCCGUUGAUGUACUGACCAAAUAAAACGAACGACAGUCACGUGUAACGGAUGCAUAACGGACACACAACGGAUAUGCAACGUACGAGAAACGGACACGUUCCGGACAGAAUGGAUGUCGAACGUACAUCCAACGGACGAGUAACGAAUAAAACGGACACCUAACGGAAGCGUACCGGAUAAAACGGAUGAACAAGAUAUACGGAAAAAUCAAAGGCGACAAUAAUAAUAAAUGUUAAUCGCAUAAAUAUUCAAAAAUUUUCUGUGUAACUGGUUUA